GCGACGACGACGACGACAACGCGUCGACUGUAGCAAAAUGUCGUUUAUCCCGGCCCCACCGCCGGGCUUUAUUGCCCCACCUCCUGGGAUGCCGUCGGGCUCUGUAGCGCCUAAUGGAGCUGUUGCUGGGGCGAGUCGGUUGUCACCGGAGGCGUUGCAGCAAAAGAGUCAGAAAUGGGUACAGAUGCAGAAUAGGCGGUAUGGAGAGAAGCGUAAGGGUGGGUUCGUGGAUCCUGGCAAGCAGGAUUUACCACCCGAGCAUGUCCGGAAGAUCAUCAAGGAUCAUGGCGACAUGUCGAAUCGCAAGUUUCGUAAUGAUAAGCGUGUCCAUCUCGGAGCGCUCAAGUACGUGCCGCACGCUGUACUGAAGCUCUUGGAGAAUAUGCCAUUCCCUUGGGAGCAAGUAAGAGAAGUGCCGGUCCUGUACCACAUUACCGGCGCUAUUACGUUCGUCAACGAGAUCCCCAGAGUUAUCGAACCUGUGUAUCAUGCACAGUGGAGCACAAUGUGGAUAGCAAUGCGUCGUGAAAAGCGAGAUCGUCGCCAUUUCAAGCGGAUGCGUUUCCCCCCCUUCGACGACGAGGAGCCCCCAUUGGAUUACGGCGACAAUGUACUGGACGUAGAACCGUUGGAAGCUAUCCAGCUGGAGCUUGAUCCGGAGGAAGAUAGCGCCAUUGAAGAGUGGUUCUAUGACUCGAAGCCACUUGUCGACACGAAGUACGUCAAUGGUUCCUCCUACAAGUACUGGUCACUCCCUCUGCCCAUGAUGUCAACGCUGUAUCGUUUUGGUCGUACCCUGCUCUCCGACUACACCGACAACAAUGUAUUCUAUCUUUUCGACAAGAAAUCGUUCUUCACCGCUAAGGCGCUCAACAUGGCCAUCCCUGGUGGUCCCAAAUUCGAGCCGUUGUAUCGUGAUAUGGACUCGUUCGACGAAGACUGGAACGAGUUCAACGAUAUCAACAAAAUCAUCAUACGCCAGCAGAUUCGAACAGAGUACAAGGUGGCAUUCCCUCACCUGUACAAUGCCCUUCCGCGGUCCGUGCGGAUCAGCCCUCACCAUGUACCAAAGAGCGUGUAUAUUCGCACCGACGACCCUGAUUUGCCCGCAUUCUACUUCGAUCCACUUAUCAACCCGAUCUCUUCCCGCGUCGUUGCGUCGUCAAAUGUUGGCCUGAUCUCCCAUGAAGAUGCGAUCUUUGGGCCGAAUGACGAAGAUGAAGACGACUUCGAACUUCCCGAUGAAGUCGAGCCGUUCAUGGCUGAAAAAGAAGUUGAAAAUGACCACACCGCAGAUGGUAUCGCACUUUGGUGGGCACCAGAACCGUACAACCGUCGCAGCGGACACAUGCGAAGGGCGGAAGAUGUACCAUUGGUCAAAAAUUGGUAUCUCGAGCAUUGCCCACCCAACCAACCUGUCAAAGUUCGCGUGUCGUACCAGAAGCUCUUGAAAUGCUACGUGCUCAAUGAGCUCCACCACCGUCCUCCAAAGGCGAUGACCAAGAAGAGCUUGUUCCGGAGCUUGAAAGCGACAAAGUUCUUCCAGACGACGAGCUUGGAUUGGGUAGAGGUCGGGUUGCAAGUAUGCAGACAAGGAUACAACAUGCUGAACCUGUUGAUCCACCGCAAGAACCUGAACUAUUUGCACUUGGACUAUAACAUGAAUCUAAAGCCCGUCAAGACAUUGACGACCAAGGAACGAAAGAAGUCGCGUUUCGGCAAUGCCUUCCACUUGUGUCGUGAAAUUUUGCGGUUGACAAAGCUGAUCGUCGAUGCACAUGUCCAGUAUCGUCUUGGCAAUGUAGACGCCUUCCAGUUGGCCGAUGCUCUUCAAUACAUUUUCGCCCAUAUCGGUGCGCUUACGGGCAUGUACCGUUACAAGUAUAAGCUUAUGCGACAAGUGCGGAUGUGCAAGGAUCUGAAGCAUCUGAUAUACUAUCGGUUCAAUACCGGACCGGUGGGGAAGGGGCCUGGAUGUGGCUUUUGGGCACCUGGCUGGCGCGUGUGGCUCUUCUUCUUGCGCGGCAUUGUGCCGCUUCUGGAACGUUGGCUUGGCAACUUGCUAGCUCGACAAUUCGAAGGUCGUAACAGCAAGGGUAUCGCAAAGACUGUAACCAAGCAGCGUGUCGAGUCGCACUAUGAUCUUGAGCUACGCGCCGCCGUUAUGCACGAUAUCCUCGAUAUGAUGCCAGAAUCAAUCAAACAGAACAAGGCGAAGACCAUUCUGCAGCAUCUGUCUGAGGCAUGGCGUUGCUGGAAGGCGAAUAUUCCCUGGAAGGUUCCAGGCAUGCCGACUGCGAUUGAGAAUAUCAUCCUGCGGUAUAUCAAGAGCAAAGCAGACUGGUGGGUAUCCGUCGCACACUAUAACCGUGAACGCAUCCGUCGCGGUGCCACUGUUGACAAGGCUGUGGUAAAGAAAAACCUUGGACGUUUAACUCGCCUAUACUUGAAAGCUGAGCAGGAGCGCCAACAUGCCUACCUGAAGGACGGUCCCUAUAUCAGUGCGGAGGAGGCUGUCGCCAUCUACACCUCAACGGUUCAUUGGCUCGAGUCCCGCAAGUUCGCUCCCAUCCCGUUCCCGCCACUCUCUUACAAGCACGACACCAAGCUGCUUGUGCUUGCUCUCGAGAAGCUAAAGGAAGCAUAUUCAGUCAAGGGUCGCCUCAAUCAAUCUCAGCGGGAGGAGCUUGCUCUGAUCGAACAAGCAUACGACAACCCCCACGAGUGCUUGUCGCGAAUCAAACGUCUCUUGCUGACUCAACGAUCGUUCAAGGAAACUGGUAUCGAAUUCUUCGACACUUAUGACAAGCUCAUUCCGUGUUACGACAUUGAGCCCGUGGAGAAGAUUACCGAUGCUUUCCUUGAUCAAUUCCUCUUCUUUGAAGCCGAUAAACGUGGUCUCUUCCCUGCUUGGAUCAAGCCAGCGGACACCGAGCCACCGCCCUUGCUGGUUUACAAGUGGUGCCAGGGUAUCAACAAUCUGACAGACAUAUGGGAGACGAGUGAGGGGGAGUGCAAUGUCAUGAUGGAGACCGUCCUAUCCCGGGUGUACGAGAAGAUCGAUUUGACCCUGCUCAACCGACUCCUCCGCCUGAUCCUCGAUCACAACCUGGCCGACUAUAUCACUGCGAAGAACAACACGACACUGACUUAUAAAGACAUGGCACAUGUCAAUGCCUAUGGCCUAAUCCGUGGUCUGCAGUUCUCUGCCUUCAUCUUCCAAUAUUAUGGCCUCGUCCUGGAUCUUCUUAUUCUCGGCUUACAGCGUGCAUCCGAGAUGGCCGGUCCUCCGCAAAUGCCCAAUAAUUUCCUUCAAUACAAGGAUCGCGCCACCGAAACCCGUCACCCGGUACGCCUGUACUCACGCUAUGUCGACAGGAUCCACGUUCUCUUCCGCUUUACUGCUGAAGAAGCUCGUGACUUGAUCCAGCGGUAUCUGAGCGCAAACCCCGAUCCUACGAACAACAACGUUAUUGGUUACAACAAUAAGCGAUGCUGGCCCCGCGAUUGUCGUAUGCGGCUGAUUAAGCACGACGUCAACCUUGGCCGUGCUGUGUUCUGGAACGUCAAACAGAGUCUUCCACGUUCAUUGACUACAAUUGAGUGGGAGGACACGUUCGUGAGCGUGUUUUCGAAGGAUAACCCGCAAUUGCUGUUCUCUAUGUGUGGAUUCGAAGUCCGCAUUCUCCCCAAGAUCCGGACGGUGAACGGAGAACAAUUCUCGCUCAAGGAUGGUGUAUGGAACCUGACCAAUGAAGCAACGAAGGAGCGGACCGCUCAAGCAUUCUUACGAGUGUCGGACGACGGUAUCCAACAAUUCAAUAACCGAAUACGGCAAGUCUUGAUGAGCUCCGGUUCUACAACGUUCUCGAAGAUCGUAAACAAGUGGAAUACCGCUAUCAUUGGUUUGAUGACUUACUAUCGUGAGGCCGUCAUCCACACUAACGAGCUUCUGGACGCCCUCGUCAAGGCAGAGAACAAGAUUCAGACGCGUGUCAAAAUCGGGUUGAACAGCAAAAUGCCGUCACGAUUCCCUCCCGUUGUCUUCUACACCCCCAAGGAGCUUGGAGGGCUCGGUAUGCUGUCUAUGGGACAUGUGCUUAUUCCUCAGAGUGACCUCCGAUGGGCAAAGCAGACCGACGUCGCCAUUUCCCACUUCCGUUCUGGUAUGACGCACGAAGAGGAUCAGUUAAUUCCUAACUUGUACCGAUACCUCCAGCCAUGGGAGGCCGAGUUCCUGGAUUCCGCCCGUGUUUGGUCCGAGUACUCUAUGAAGCGGAAAGAGGCGAAUGCGCAGAACCGUCGCCUGACGCUUGAAGAUUUGGAAGACAGCUGGGACAGAGGCAUUCCCCGUAUCAACACGCUGUUCCAGAAGGAUCGUCACACGCUUGCGUAUGACAAGGGAUGGCGCGUACGCACAGAUUGGAAGCAGUAUCAGCUUCUCAAACACAACCCCUUCUGGUGGACGUCUCAACGGCAUGAUGGCAAGCUUUGGCAGCUCAACAAUUACCGGGUGGAUGUCAUUGCUGCACUCGGUGGUGUUGAGGGUAUUUUGGAACACACGUUGUUCAAGGGCACGUACUUCCCGACUUGGGAGGGUCUCUUCUGGGAAAAAGCAUCAGGCUUCGAGGAGUCAAUGCGUUACAAGAAGCUCACCAACGCGCAGCGCUCCGGUUUGAACCAAAUUCCCAACCGUCGCUUUACGCUGUGGUGGAGUCCGACAAUCAACCGUGCGAACGUUUACGUUGGUUUCCAAGUUCAACUCGACUUGACUGGUAUAUUCAUGCACGGCAAAAUUCCGACUCUCAAGAUCAGUUUGAUCCAGAUCUUCCGUGCUCACUUGUGGCAGAAGAUUCAUGAGUCUGUGGUCAUGGAUCUUUGUCAAGUCUUCGAUCAGGAGUUGGAAGCUCUGCAAAUUGAAACAGUGCAGAAAGAGACCAUCCAUCCUCGCAAGAGUUACAAGAUGAACUCCUCCUGUGCCGACAUUCUAUUGUUCUCUGCAUACAAGUGGAAUAUCGCGAGACCAUCUCUUGUCUCCGACUCGAAAGAUGUAUAUGAUGGCACCACCAGCAACAAGUACUGGAUCGAUGUACAACUGCGGUGGGGCGACUUCGAUUCUCACGACAUUGAACGAUAUACUCGUGCCAAGUUCCUUGACUACGUGUCUGACUCGAUGUCCAUCUAUCCCUCCCCUACCGGAGUCAUGAUUGGCAUGGACCUAGCCUACAACAUGUGGUCGGCGUACGGCAACUGGUUCCCAGGCAUGAAACCCCUUAUCCAGCAGGCCAUGGGUAAGAUCAUGAAGGCCAACCCUGCUUGUCACGUGUUGCGGGAGCGUAUUCGCAAGGGUCUACAGCUGUACUCUUCGGAGCCGACGGAACCGUACUUGAACAGUCAAAACUACUCAGAACUCUUCUCUAACCAAAUUAUUUGGUUCGUCGAUGACACGAAUGUAUACCGUGUCACCAUCCACAAGACGUUCGAAGGUAACCUGACGACCAAGCCAAUCAACGGUGCCAUCUUCAUCUUCAACCCCAGAUCUGGCCAGCUUUUCUUGAAGAUCAUCCACACCAGUGUCUGGGCUGGACAGAAACGUUUAGGCCAGCUGGCCAAAUGGAAGACGGCGGAAGAAGUUGCAGCUUUGGUACGAUCUCUCCCGGUCGAAGAACAGCCCAAACAAGUCAUCGUAACUCGUAAAGGCAUGUUGGAUCCUUUGGAAGUCCACUUGCUCGAUUUCCCCAACAUCGUGAUCAAGGGGAGCGAGUUGCAAUUGCCCUUCCAGGCAUGCAUGAAGAUGGAGAAGUUCGGUGAUCUUAUUCUGCGGGCGACCCAGCCCCAGAUGGUACUCUUCAAUCUUUACGACAACUGGUUGAAGUCCAUUUCGAGCUACACGGCUUUCUCUCGUCUCAUCCUGUUGCUGCGUGGGUUGCAUGUCAAUAACGAGAAGGCUAAGGUUAUUCUACGUCCGGAUAAAAAUACGAUCACGGAGCCGCACUUCGUGUGGCCUACCCUGUCAGACGAAGAAUGGGUGAAGGUUGAAGUAGCAAUGAAGGAUCUCAUCCUUGCUGACUUCGGCAAGCGGAACAAUGUCAAUGUGGCCUCACUGACUACCAGCGAAAUUCGAGACAUUAUUCUCGGUCAGGAAAUAGCAGCACCGUCCAUCCAGCGCCAGCAGAUGGCUGAGCUGGAGAAAUCCACAGAAGCUCAGAGUCAGGUGACUGCUGUUCAGACUCGCACCACUAACAUUCACGGUGAUGAGCUGCAAGUUGUCACCACCACAAACUACGAGCAACAAGUCUUCAGCAGCAAGACAGACUGGCGCAGCAAGGCCAUCUCGGCCAGCAACCUGCCACUUCGGCUGCAACACAUUUACGUCUCGAACGAUGACGUCAAGGACGAUGCGGCAUCAUACACCUACGUCUUGCCUAAGAACAUUCUCAAGACAUUCGUCAUCAGCGCGGAUACGAAGACUCAAGUUGCUGCGUUCCUCUAUGGUGGUUCGCCGCCUGACAACAAGCACGUCAAGGAGAUUCGCGCUAUCGCCUUCAUCCCUCAACGUGGUAAUAUGAACACUGUGGAGCUGCCAUCGCAGAUGCCGCAGGAUGAGUUCUUACUCAAGGAUCUCGAGCCCUUGGGCUGGAUCAAGACUCAGGGUCAGGAAAUGCCCACACUUCCUCCCACGGAUGUGACCACACAAGCAAAGAUCAUGGCUGAUCACCCUGAGUGGGGCUCAACCUCGAUUUGCCUCACGUGCUCGUUCACGCCGGGCUCAGUCUCCUUGUCGGCGCACGCUCUCACCGUGGCUGGUUUCGAGUGGGGUAGGAAGAACACGGACAACACCCUCAAUCCGGCUGGGUUCAACCCAAGCAUGUCUGAGCGAGUGCAGCUUCUACUAUCCGACCGAAUCCUGGGUAUGACGAUCGUACCGGAGGGUCGGGUAUGGAACUAUGGCGCGGGCCUGACGCAGAUCUGGACGCCGACCAUGAGCUACACAAUGGUGUUGGAUACGCCCAUACCGUUCUGGGGUGAACAGCAUCGGCCAGCUGCGUUCAUCAACUUUGCGGCGAUGGAAACAGGCGAAGACAGUGCAGAUGUAGAGAAUAGCUUUGCUUAGUUUGACUUAUUUUCCCAGAUAUCUCGUCUCUUACUGCUUUUCUGGCAUGCGUAGGGC